GUCAAAAAUUUUACCCAGUGGAUAUCCUGCUAGAAAACAUUUCUAUUUCGGUGACUUUAUAUUUAAAGUGUUAUUAGACUUGAAUACAUAUUUAUUAUUAUAAAAUAACAUUUAUUGCGGUAAAAUGGCUGAUGAAGUGCAAAAGAAAUUACAAAAAGAAUUCGAGAUUUACAAUAAUUUAAAAAAGGAAUAUCAUAAGGCAGUAGCUCUGAAACAACAAUUGGAUAGUCAACUUAAUGAAAACAAAGCUGUUAAAGAAGAACUAGCAUUACUAAAGAAGGAUUCGGAGGUCUUUAAACUUAUUGGACCAGUCUUAGUCAAACAAGAUUUAGAAGAGGCUAGACAGAACGUUUCCAAGAGGAUGGAAUAUAUUAAUAAGGAAAUUAAAAGAUGUGAUGGUAACAUAUCUGCAUUAGAGAAUAAACAAGAAGCCGUUCACGAAAAUCUUAACAAACUGAAAAGUAAUUUGGAACAUUUAAAAAUAUCAGGCUAAUUUCCCGCUCUUGUUAAUAUAAAUUAUUGUUUUGCAUACUAACAUUGUAAUCAUAUAAUGCAGGUGAUUACUGCUUUCCCUCUGUAGUUAAAAAGGAAUCCCUCAAAGAUUUCCUGAAGACUAAUUAAUCCUAUAAAUUUAUGUAAAACUCUUCAGUUCCAUCUAAAAAAAUUAUGCACUCUAUAUUUUUAAUCUAUUUUAAUGUAUAGAUAAACUGUAAACUGAAAUAAUGUAAGUUUGUAUUAAUAAAUAUAAUAAGACUUA